CUUUAUUAUUUUUUUUUCCAGAAUCAAAAUAAUGAACUACAGAAUAGUGUUGAAACAUUAAGUUAUCAGUUAGAGAUGUUACAGAAGAAUGUAACUAGUUUACAAUCUUUGGCACAAACAAGAGAGGAAAAAAAUGUAGAAUUGAUGCAAAAAUUAGAAGAAAAUGAAAAAUUAAACACAGAAAUGGAACAGAAUUUGGAACAGCUUCAUCUAGAAUUAUCCAAUGAAAAGGAAAUGAAUGAAAAUUUAAAGUUAACAAAUGAAGACCUAAGUACUAAGUUAAAUCAAUUAGAAACAAAUUGUAAACAGUUGUUACAAGAAGCCCAGGUUUGGAAUGAAAGGCAAGAAAUAAAUUUUCUUAUUUUAUUUAUUGUCUAUAUUCAUAUUCUUGUGUUGCAUUAUAUCAAUAUCAUUGUGGAAAGUUAAGAAUGUAGUACAGUCAAACCUUGGUUUUGGAGCAUAAUUUGUUCCUAAAAGCUAUUCUAAAAACAAAACAAAUUUUUCCAUAAAUGAUAUACAAUGGAUUAAUCCAUUCCUGACCCAGAAAUAAAGUCUUUUUUACUUUUUUUUUAGCUGUAUUUCAUGAUAACAAUGACUACAAGUGCAAGGUAAUAUUAUAUAUAAUAAAUUUUUAUUUAAUUUAACUUAAUCACCUUUAAACACAAAU